AUGUCGCUCCUUCGCGCGGUCCAUAGAGGCGCUGUCUCCCGCAGUAUUACGUCUGCAUUAUCAUACCUUGCCCGCAAGAAAGACACCUCUUAUCCAUCAUGGAUCAGCGCUGUUACGGCGUUCCCGCAGUGCAUAGAUGACAAACGACAUUACCAGCAGCGGAUGGAUCUAGCUUUCGCAGAGAGCUAUUUCAAGGACUUAUAUAUACGAAGACCUGACCCACAAGAAUCAAUCUCGCAUCUCUUUGUUCAGUUGAUACGAGUAUCCUGCAGGAUGUCUAUUCCCAGAAACUCGUUCUUACCUCGCAUAGUAUCAUCGCUCGUGUCGGGCUUAUUCUUGUUGUGCUUUCUCGCUUCUAAUACGUGCGCAGGCUCGAGUCAUCGCGUGUACGCACGCGACCUAACGUCCUUCAACUGGACAAGUCUUGCACCCUCAACGACUUUGAACUGGGAAAGCUGCUAUGGCACGUUCCAAUGCGCCCGGCUUGCGGUGCCUAUGCUUUACUCUGACCCUUCGAGAGGCCAAGCCGCUAUUGCACUGAUCAGGCUACCAUCUAAUUUGUCGACCGCUGAUGAGAAUUAUAAAGGCCCGAUUCUGUUCAACCCAGGUGGUCCUGGCGGCUCGGGAGUCGAGGUGGCUCUCGAAUUUGGACCCUCGUUUCAGGCGGCUCUCGGCCCGGAGUUUGAUAUCGUUGCAUUUGACCCACGAGGUGUUGGAUUCACCACUCCGCCUAUAUCGGUUUUCAAAGACUCAGUUGAAGCUGGGGCCUUCUUCACACAGCGCGAGCUAGACAUAAACGCGACUGAAUCUUCCCUGGGAAGAUCAUUCGCGCAGCAAACACUGUUGGGGAAGCUUGUCGAAGAACGCGCCUUAGAUGUAGCGAAGACAGUGUCGACGCCUACUGUGGCUCAUGAUAUGCUUAGUAUUGUCAAAGCGGCUGGUUUUGAUAAGUUACAAUAUUGGGGCUUUUCAUAUGGGACCGUUAUUGGAGCAACCUUCGCUGCAAUGUUUCCUGACAAAGUCGGUCGUCUUGUUAUCGAUGGUGUUGUGGACGCCAACGAAUACUAUAAGGGCAACUGGACUGGUUUUAUUCUGGACAUGGACAAAACGUACACUAACAUCCUUGAUGCAUGUGUCCAGGCUGGUCCAUCCGUCUGUCCCAUAUUCGAGAACACCACCGCUCAAGUCCAUGCGCGUAUUGAAAACCUUCUAAACAAACUACGCAUCGAACCUGUCCUGCUUUUCAACAGCACCGCAAUUAACUCGGCCGUCGUCGACUACGCAACUGUUCGCAGUCAAAUAUUUGAGGCACUCUACUUUCCGUAUGAGUCCGGUGCGCUUCUCACAGAGGGUCUCGCUGCACUAGAGCAAGGGAAUCCGAGUCUAAUUUACCAGAGUUCGAGCGAAAGUGUGUUCCACUCUUUCCUCGAAGAUGAAUGUCCGGUGCAGACAGGCAAGCCGUUCGUUGCUGGGACACUAGAGGUGACGUCCACUAUUCUAUGUGGGGAUAUCGUUACGGAUGAUGUACAAACGAUCGACUAUGCACGAGCCGCAUAUGAUUUUUCAUCUAAACUUUCUCCCGAAUUUGCUGGGGUGUGGCUUGCUGAAACUUUGUGCUCGGGUUGGACGGUUCGAGCAGAGGAUCGGUUCAAUGGUUCCUUUAUACAGAACACGAGUUUCCCGUUACUAGUCAUUGGGAACGUUGCUGAUCCGGUUACGCCAUUGGCAAACGCAGUCAAGAUGUCAAAAGGCUUCGCAAGCUCUGUCUUACUGACGCGCAAUGCAUCGGGCCAUACAUCCCUGUCCGGCGUAUCAGAUUGUACAACCCAAGCCGUACGUGCCUACUUCUUAAACGGCACCCUUCCGAAGGGAGGCACGAACGCUAAAAGCCCUGGUGUCGGCCUCGGGCUCUUCUAUUGA